GGAAGUCACUACGUCUCCUAUGUUCUGCCAUUGAAUGCCUUCUUCCUUCGAGAUCAUGCAAAUGAUCAUUGGUUUCGAUCAUAUGUCAGUCCUAUGACAAACCUGUUCGAAUGAAGGAACGCCGUGAGCGAAAUCAUCUCAAACUGGCUUAUUAGAAAACAUUGGAGUACUUCCCCUAUUUGAGCGAUGGCUGUCGAAGACCUGGAACAAUGGAUCGUCGACUUCAGCGCCCUCAUACGAAAGUUCCCAGCCGGUGACUUCGUACACCUCUUCUACCCUCUCCUGUGCAUCGCCGUAGGCGGUACGAUACUGUAUUUCACCCACACCGACUACUGGGAUAAACCGAAACGAUACUCUGUUCCGCCCCCUAAAGGGGCCGAUGAAGUCAAAAUCCUCGACAACCCGACCAUCAAGGUCUCAGGCACCACAGCCAUACAAUGCUACAGACCUGCCACUGGCCAGUUCAUGGGCUUCGUCAACCCGUCCACGCCCGCCGGCAUCGAUCGCGCCAUAGAACAAGCCGCGGCGGCCCAGGAGAAAUGGGCCAAGACCACGUUCGCCGAGAGGCGGGCGGUGCUACGCUCCAUGUUGCAGUACGUCCUCGACAACCAGGAAUCGAUCUGUCGCGUAAGCUCCAUGGACUCGGGGAAGACGAUGACAGACGCCAUGCUCGGCGAGAUCAUGGUUACGGCCGAGAAGCUCCAGUGGACCAUCAAACACGGCGAGAAAGCCCUCCGCCCAAGCAGACGACCGACGAACCUCCUCAUGGCCUACAAGAAGAACACGGUGCACUAUGAACCCCUAGGCGUCGUAGCCGCGCUUGUGAGCUGGAACUACCCGUUCCACAACCUGAUCGGCCCGAUCAUAAGCGCUAUCUUCGCUGGCAACGGCAUCGUCGUCAAGGUCAGCGAGCAGACGUGCUGGAGCGCUGCGUACUACACGAACAUUGCACGAGGCGCCCUCGUCGCCCACGGCCAUGAUCCGCAGCUCGUCCAAUCCGUCGUUUGUUGGCCUCAAACCGCCUCCCACCUGACCAGCCAUCCGGGCAUCAGUCACCUAACAUUCAUCGGCAGCCGACCCGUAUGCCACCACGUCGCCGCUAGCGCCGCCAAGGCCCUGAUCCCCGUCGUCGCUGAGCUCGGUGGCAAAGACGCCGCCAUUAUCCUCGAUUCCGCGGAGAAGGAUUUAGGUAGGAUCGUCGAGAUCCUCAUGCGCGGCACCUUCCAAGCCUCGGGCCAGAACUGCAUCGGCAUCGAGCGCAUCAUCGCCGCCCCCGGCGUCUACGACAAGCUCGUCUCCAUGCUCGAGCCGCGCGUCAAGGCCUUGCGUCUCGGAACAGACAAGGACGUCGGCGCCAUGGUAUCCUCCGCCUCGUUCGACCGCUUCGAAGCCCUCGCCGCCGACGCCGUGAGUCGCGGGGCCCGGCUCCUGGCCGGCGGAAAGCGGUACGUACACCCGGAGCACCCGCAGGGCUUCUACUUCACCCCGACGCUUCUUGUAGAUGUGACGCCCGACAUGGCCAUCGCGAACGAAGAGUGUUUCGGCCCCAUCAUGACGAUCCUGCGGUCCCCCUCCCCCUCCGCCGCCGACCUCCUCGCACUAGCCAACGCGCCCGACUUCGGGCUCGGCGCCUCCGUGUACGGGCGCGACUCCGACCCCAUCCUCAAGGAAGUGGUGAGGGGCGUGCGCGCCGGCGGCGUCGCCGUCAACGACUUCGCCGUCUUCUACGCCGUGCAGCUGCCGUUCGGCGGCGUCGGCGGGUCCGGGUACGGCCGCUUCGCCGGCGAGGAAGGGUUGAGGGGCCUGUGCAAUCCGAAAAGCGUGUGCGAGGACCGCGCCGCUUGGCUCGGGAUCCGGACUGCUAUCCCGCCGCCUGUUAGGUACCCCGUUCGCAGCCAGGAGCGCGGGUGGAAGUUCACGAGGGGUGUGGUUGGGCUCGGGUACGCGAUUACGUUGAGGGAGAAGGCGUGGGCUUUGGCGGAGCUUUUGGGGAAUAGUUAGGUUGGUUGGUAGUUGAUUAGGUGAGAGGGAUAGGGGAA